CACUGCUGUUGUGUUUCAUUGUUGUAAAUCGAGUUGACUUGGUUCGUAAGCUACAUUUUUAUUAUUUUCAUUAGGGAAAGAUGGAAGAGUUCCAUCCUGGAGACGAGGUUUCCUUCAAUCCCGAUGAAGCAAGUAAUUCCGUGAAAGAGUGCAUUGAGAGUAUUAUUGGAGGAGAGGACUACAGUCAGAAUAAAGUCAACCAGUGGACGGCUAACAUUGUAGAACACUCUCUCACUCAGCUGGUUAAACAGGGGAAGCCUUACAAGUACAUGGUCAAUUGUGCUGUCAUGCAGAAGAGUGGUGCAGGCCUUCAUACAGCAAACUCUUGUUACUGGGACACCGCUACGGACGGAAGCUGCACUGUGAGAUGGGAGAAUCGCACUAUGUACUGUGUUGUCAGUGUGUUUGCUGUCGCCAUAGCCCUCUAAAGAAGGCAAAAUCUGCCUUCACACACCUGAGACCAACACAUGCACAGACUCAAAAUCUUUCAAAAACUUUCUGUACAAAAAUCUAAAUGGUGGCGAAUAUCUCAUAUAGAGCAACAUCAUUCCACAGACUUAAGGAACUGUUGCUUAAUCCUGAAUGGCCAUACUGAUUUGUGCACUCAUUAUAAACUUUAUAUAUUAUUAUUAUGAUUAUUGCUUGUAUGUAAUACUAGCACAUUGUAACUAUAGCUGCCAUUCCUUUUUGCCUGUGAAGGUGCUUUAUGUAGAACGGAUAGUAAAUAAGUAUUAUAUGUGAGGAAUGGAUUUGGUUGUUUUUAUUAAAGGGUUUUUUUGUGGUAUAUGAAUGACAUCAUGACAAUGAGAACACCCCCAUUACAUUUAUACUUAAAAAAAAAAAAACCCUGUCAGUGUGGUUUUGAUGUAUUCAGUUGACUGUGAUAAACGAGUUUCCAGAAUCUAACAAUCAACAAUUAUUUUCCACGGCGUGCAAAAAUGGGAAAACUGAAUAAAACUUUUCCUUGGUAAUAUUCCAAAUUCUGACAUUAGACCAACACUGGUUUAGUGUACACUGUACAAAUGUGCAAAGAUGGCAGUAAAUCCCUAUUUCAAUACACUUGGUUGCUAAUUAUGUUUGCUUUUUGAGUGUGUUUUGUGUGAGCCAGCUUGAAAUAAAGAAAGAAAUCCCAUUUCUGACGUAUCAUAAACCAGUCAGUAUAAAAGUG